CGGAUUUUAUGGUAGCGGAACCAUUGAAAAUUUCUCACUCCCACGUCUUAUCGCAGGCCGCAGCAUCACCCAUGACCUUCAUAUGAUGGAGGCUUUAAAUACACUUCUUACAAAUCGUUGAAGAUGUGCUUUCUAUCUCAUUGUUUCCACCAUGGCAAAGGACUUUACUGUCGCUAUCGUAGGAGGUGGAAUGUGUGGGCUCGCCUGCACAGUUGGACUGUCCAAGUCCGGUAUUCACGUUGAUGUAUUCGAAGCAGGUUCAAAAUUUGAAGAAGUGGGAGCGGGGGUUGGCCUAGGUCCUAACGCGUUACGAGCCCUCAAAGGGUUGGGUUUAUAUGAAGCUGUCUUAUCUCGUUCGGAUACUCCAAGCCCUACUUUCAGGCAGUUCCUAUUUCUAUCUGGAUUGGGUGAACACGAGGUUAUUUACGAUUAUCCCAGGACCGCCGAUGAUUUGGGACUUGGUAUAUACAGACCUGUAUUCUUCGAUGCUGUGGUUGGUCUUUUGGACCCUAGCACUGUUCACUUCAACAAGCGUUGUGUAUCACUUACCACGACGGAAACUACCAUAGCAAUCACUUUUGCUGACGGAACGACGCACGAGGCAGACCUGGUCAUCGGAGCUGACGGUAUCCGAAGUGUAGCAAGAAAUUUUGUCGUUGUAGAUGCCAUGCAGAAGCAUGUGACAUUUACCAAUACCGUAGCAUACAGAGGCCUUAUCCCACUUGAAGACUUAGAGGCGGCAGGACUACAGAUGCAGCUUUCCACACGCCCUAUUGCGCUUGUUGGAUUGAACAAACAUUUCGUUAUCUAUCCCAUUCAUGGUGAUAAAAGAAUUAACGUGGUAGUAUUCAUGUCCAAAAGAGAUAUCCCUCCCCAACCUCCGCUCCCAUCUCCAUGGGUAACGGCAGCCUCGGAUGGAGAGCUCCAGGACCAAUUCCAAGAAUGGGGUCGCGAUGCCCGCAUAAUCGUAGACCAUAUGAAAGCAUCUAGUAAAUGGUCUAUCCAUGCUUUGAACCCUCCCCUUGCAAGUUACUGUCGCGGUAGGGUGGUGUUAGUUGGCGACGCUGCACAUGGUAUGCCUCCCCAUCUUGGCGCUGGCGCCGGCCAGGGUUUUGAGGAUGUGUUCGUACUUUGUGAAUUACUCAAGAACGAUAAAGUCACGAAGUCGAAUCUUGAGGUGCCAGUAACAAGGGUCGUACAGGAUGCACUUCAAGCUUACACAGAGGUUAGAGCACCGCGUGCGAAUUGGGUGCUUGAGCGAACCAUUGAGGCGGGACAAAUCUACGAAUCAUACCAACCGGGCAGGGAAACGCAGGAGGUGACGAAGUUGUCCAAUCUGUGGGACCCAAUUUGGCACCACGAUCUCGGUGUGGAUGUCAAUAGAGCGGUAGAGAUGGUUUCAAAGCACGUCCGGGUUUCCUAA